CCUGUCGUUGAAAGCACUGCUAUCAUUACUUACCUGAUCUGUGCUCCUUCUCGUGCUGUAUGCCUGAAUAUGUAAUUGCUAUUGCUUUAUUGUGUCUGUUCAAAGAAAGAGGGCUCUCGCCAGUUGUAACCUUGCUAUAUUACUGGAGUCAUUUCACCAACAGAGAUUGGAAAGGCUACAAUAUCAAAACAAAACUUGGGAAGACGUUACCAGACAAAUACAAGGUCGCAGCAAGUUACAACAAGGUUUUACCCUCGGUUUUCAACAGCUCAUCGACUAUAUUCGUGGCCGAAUAAUCUCAUAGAAGAGCUGGACGGAUGAUCCCGAACACCUCAGAGCGAGCCUCAUUACCUACUCUUUGUUGACCACCAUCAUACAGCUUCAAGGUAUCACCACGAUUUCGCUCCACUAUGAUGUUGUCUGGUGUGGUUGCUCUUGACGGCAGAUGUUCCUAAGUUGCUGAAAAAUAUA